AUGGAAGUUGGCCCUCGAGUUCGAGCCAGCCACAUGCCGGCGAGCAAGCCGACUCUGCUCCUCGAUCUGCGCCUCACCAAUGCGUCGGACGACCCGCAGCCCACCCGCUGCCGCAACUCCUCCUGGCACGACGCCGUAUCCAAUUCAUUAUUCGACGCGACGCGGAGAGGCGACUCGCUACGCGCGGACGCAAGUGCGGGCGCCACGGAGAAAUCUGCCGCACCGCACGGCCCGGGGGUGACGUUUGGGUCGACUUCGACGCAUAUGAGAGGAACCGGCGCCCGGGAAAGCCGGGAGUGGCUGGAAAUCGAGGAGGAGUGGAACGAGGAAGACGAAGGCGAGGAGGGCGACGAUGCGGCGAUGCUGGACGUCGACGCGUUUCUCGGGCGGCGGUUAACGCGCGAGCCGAGUUUUAGCAUCGAGGACGCGGCGCUGUACGGCCUGCCGGAGGAAGUGGCGACUCCGCGCCCCGCGUCAGCGCGAUUCACGGCGAGCGACAGCGAAGCAGCGGCGCUCCGGCUCGCGGUGAUGGAAGCGGAGGUCAACAUAGUCAUGGAGACGAACCGCCUCGUGUCCGCCAUCAAAUGCCAGCUCACCUCCCCCUACUCCACCAUCCCGCCCCGCUCCCCUUCCGCCACGGGUACCACCUCCCCCUUUUCCCCUCCCCGAACCCGAACCUCCUGGGACUUCCGCUCCUUCUCCUCCCCUGCCUCCACACCCUCCUCCGCCUCCGCCUCCGCCCACUCCGCCCUCUCCCCCUGGCGCCGGAAAACCCCCUCAGUGUCCCCCACUGCUGGGUGGGCCUCGCAAGUACCAGAGGAAGAGACUGUGUUUGGUUCCCCCAUGGCUGAUCGCGCCAUCUCUCGCUCCCUCACCUCCUCAUCGCUUCUUCCCCGGCCGCGCUCGUCGCACAUCACCCGCUCCCACACGGCAUCGUGCGACCGCCUGCCUGCGAGCUUCGUGCCUCGCAGUGAGUCCAACUGCUCGGCGACUUCCUGUGCUGAUCGGUCACCGUUUGGUGGUGUGGCUGGUGGCGGUUGCGAGCGGAGCGUGUCGCAAACACGCCUCCCGUCGUUUUCGAAUGGGACGGGAGGAGCUCCUGUGAGGAAGAUGCUGGGGGCGUUGAGGCGGCAAAUGAGCUUGCCCAGUGGCAAUUGGCUGCAACACAAGCCAUCAAGAAGAGAAUCCGUGGCUAGUCAUAAGGAUGAGUAG